ACAUCCGGUCAUGCGCAUUGACAUUUGCCCUUUGAACUCGCUUGCGCCUUCCUUUCUCUCUUCCGGGGACGGUGUCUAGAGGCCAUCAAAAUGGUCCAGCGAUUGACAUACCGCCGUAGGCUUUCCUACAACACAGCCUCUAACAAAACCAGGCUGUCCCGAACCCCUGGCAAUAGAAUUGUUUACCUUUACACCAAAAAGGUCGGAAAAGCACCAAAAUCUGCAUGUGGUGUAUGUCCAGGCCGGCUCCGGGGGGUUCGUGCUGUGAGACCUAAAGUCCUCAUGCGAUUGUCUAAAACAAAAAAACAUGUCAGCAGAGCCUAUGGUGGUUCCAUGUGUGCCAAAUGUGUCCGGGACAGGAUCAAGCGUGCUUUCCUUAUUGAGGAGCAGAAAAUCGUCGUGAAAGUGCUGAAGGCACAAGCACAGAGUCAGAAAGCUAAAUAAAAACAGGAAGCUGUGUGGGCCUAGGAUGCCAGAGGUCUCUAAACUGCUAGCAAAGAAGGAACCUUUUUGAUAAAUAAAAAGGCUUUGAGUAAUAAAAUAUCAGAGUAUUGUUUU